AUGUCGCUAUCCAUUCAAUCGGUGAUGGACCAACGGUUAAGCGAGUACACCCCGGAGCAAUGCGAAAACGGCAGCUCCAAUGACUCGAUCCGACUCUUUCUUCGCAGCUUUUUCUCUGUCCUGCCAAGCGAAGGCCAGAAAAAGCUGGCACAAGACGCUGUGGAUUGCGAAGAUGAUGGAGCCUUGCGACAGCUAGUAGACUCCAUCCGAACCGGCCUCAUCUACCCCCUGCGGGCAGCCGGCGGCAAGACUCCUGGCGAAGUCACCCCCUCGCCACGUGAAGGGGUGGAGGAUUCGAUCGAAGAUCUACGUAGUCUGAUCGUCUUGCCUAUCACUCGAGGGGUCCAGUCCCGACUCCGCGACCACUGUUUGGAGAGAGAUGGCAACCGGUGCACCAUCACUAGAGUAUAUAGUUUCACUCAUGACCCUCCCUCGGAUGUUAUGUCCGGAACGUUACAAGCCGCGCAUAUUAUCCCGUUCACGCUGGGUAGUUAUGACCAAGGGAACAGAGACGCCGAGUACCGCAACUCCGCCAUUUGGAUCAAUCUUCGGCGUUAUUUCCCUGUCUUACACGCCAUGUCGCAGGAUCGCCAGCUUAUCAACCACGAGAGCAACAUGCUCAUGUUGACUCUCGAGGCGCAUGCCCAGUUUGGGGCCUUUCGCAUAGUGUUGGAGGCAACAUCCGUGAUCCAUCAGUAUCAUGUGCACGCCUUUCCUAAUGCGGCCAGAACGCCAAUGAGAGAUGUUCCUGCGGACGGAUUAAUCCGCCUCCGAAACCAUACUGGUCGGUGGCCCCUCCCAAACCCCGAUCUCUUGCGCGUCCACGCCAGCAUCGGGCAUUUCUUGCAUAUGACUGGGAUGGCGGAGACCCUGGAUAAGAUGCUUAGUGAUUACGACGACUGCGGAGGUCUUGCUCCUAGUGGGAGUACCAAUGUGGGCGAGCUCCUCGCCCUACGUGGCCUGUCGAUAAUCACCCCGAACAGGCCCUACGCGCAAUCUGACGAGCCUUCAAAGGCUGACCCUGAAAGUAGUUCAAGACCCGAGAACUUGCGAGAGACUUCCCCCUGA